CUGAUAAGAUAAAACUUAAGCCAGAGUAUAUAUAAGGAUAAGUCUUCUAUUUGGUGUCAUUUAAAGAACCGGUAUUAUCAAGGAAUACAGCAUGGAAAUGGCUAAUUUGAUUUUCUGUUUAACUAUAUUGUCUGCUUGUUAUACUGCGGGAGUUUCAUGCUGUUCAGUGGGAUGGGAGGCACACGGAGAUUCGUGUUAUCACUUCAGCCACGAUUCAGAAACCUGGACUGGCGCAUGGGACUUCUGUAGGAUACUGAAGGGCAAACUAGUGGAGAUCAAUUCUCCACAGGAGAACAUUUACUUGGAAUCACAAGCAAAACGGUUGAACAAGACAUUUUGGAUUGGUUUGACGGACAUCUUGCAAGAUGGGACUUUUGUUUGGAUGGACAGCUCAACACCACUGACGUCAUCUGGUUUUUCUGACUGGGCCCCUGGAGAGCCGAACAAUUUCGUUCAAGGAGAGGAAAGCUGUGUUGCACUGUACCAGCCACUAGGAUUUCGAUGGACUGACGCUCCGUGUAAUUUCGCCUCCCCACAUUUCAUCUGUGAGAAAGAUAACCCGUCAACACAGCCUGUAGGAUAAUUGAGCAAUUGUGGAUUUAUUUACUGGAUGAUAAUUAGUACUUUAAAAUAUUCAGUAUUGAAAUAAACUUAAUAAACGAAAA